AGGCACGGAGGGAGGGGGGGGACGGACGCAGCUGCCUUCCUACCAUCACCCCCAGCCAUCGGCAGUCUCUAGUCAUACAGCGGAACGUGAGGGCGUACGCUCUCACUCGUAUUCUCUUGACUCUCGUUUAGAUUUACGAGAGGAUCGUGUGGAUUCGUGUCUUAAUAGUAUGGAAUUGUACAGAUGAUUCAACCAGUGAACACAUCAGGACAAUAGCUAGAGCAGUGCCUGGAAGUGAAUUUUAUCAAAGAAAGAGAACUAUCAGUGAAAGUGCAUGCACAGCACGGCUGUUUGAGUGUCGUGUUAGAAGAAGGCUGAAUGGUCGACACAUUUUGUGGUCGUUAGUAACCACUGUGAUGCCUGCCUUAUGUAUUGAAGAGUACGCUGUUGAACCCACUGUCACUUGUUAUACAGCGGGCCCAAUAUUCAAGAAAAUGAAGGUCCUCAAGAAAUUCAAGAGACGCAUGGGUCUCGCUGGUCGUGGUUCAUCAUCUUCUAAUCAGCCUCCCUUGACGUUCCACCCAGUAUGUGGCGACAAUGUCCGCAUCAGCAAUGACGGCAAAGUAGCCCGCCGUGCUGAAAGCUUCUGCAAAGGAAUUGCCUUCUCGGCACGUCCCAUCAAAGUUGGUGAACGGGUGUGCCUUCGUCUCCUAGAAGUAUCCACAAACUGGUCUGGAGUUAUUCGCUUUGGAUUCACAUCUCAGGAUCCUGCUGGAUUGCGAGAUGCUCUACCAAAGUAUGCAUGUCCAGACCUCACCAAUAAACCUGGCUAUUGGGCCAAAGCUUUAAGUGAAAGAUUUGCUGAACAGGGUAGCAUCCUCUUCUAUUAUGUCGAUUCAACUGGUGAUGUGCAUUUUGGCAUAAAUGGAGAGGAACGGGGUGUAUUCUUUGGGGGUGUGGAUACACGCUCUCAGCUUUGGGGGCUUUUUGAUGUGUAUGGCAACAGCACUGCAGUUGAAUUUGUGGAUCCUCUAGCACAACUCAAUAAC